GGAGCAACAAAGCAUCGGGAAUCGCAGCGAGCAAUAUUGGCAGAGAAACACUCACAAACAAAACCAAUAUCCGAGAUAGAGAGCAAGGGAGACAGAUCCGGGCACCAAACCGCAACAAAAUGGUCGCGAUGGACCGACCGACCGUGGCAGCUCCCCCGCCACCGUAUUUCAACGAGGAGGACAUGAUCGAUGAUUACUUCGACGUCCACGAUGAAGACUUUGGCGGUCCGCCGCCGCCCCCUCCUUCGGCCGCGGACGCCGGAGCUGCCGCAAGCAAACACGCAAACACCAACGCAAAGGCACCUCCCGACGAGGACGAGUAUUACAAAGACGCAGAAGAGGACGAGGACGAAGACCACUGGGAGGAAAUGAUGGCGAUCGAGGUGGAGCGACAACAACAACAACAACAACAACAACAACAACAACAACAACAACAACAGGAGGCGUCCCCCGGAGAAGCAAGAGAAACCUUCGAAACCGCCUUUGCCGGGACGACUGCCGCCGCUGCUUCCCCGGACACCGAAAACGAAUCCAGAGACGGCAACAGUGGAAGGAAUGCCGACGACAGCGACGCAUACACUACCGUGGAGGAAUACCUGGCGGCUCGAAGGCAGGAAAACAAUCUCUAUAGUUUCGAACGGUAGGUGGCCAGUAUUGUGGUCUCGUGACAAUCACGUCGAGCGUGUUGGAUAGACAGAGCGAUGGGAGGGGUGCCCACGGCGAACCAAUCCGCCGAAGGAACUUCCCCCCACCGGCCGAUGCCAUUCUUCGGUGCCGUGCAAGCGCUUUGAUCCGAGAACGACGGCGUUCGUAAGCACACGAUGCAUUGCUGCGGAAUUGCAUUUCCACCACCACAGUACCGGACGGCAUCACGUCGGAUCCCAUGCCUUGCCGAAUGGGAGAAAGCACCACGAUUUUGUGGUCUCGAAUUCUAUCGCAUCCCAUUUCAUCAAAUCGAAUCAGAUGAACUUGAUCCCAUGUCGAUCAAUGCAAAUCAAUCGACCUGGUUGUUUGUUUUGUUUCUCACACUCUUUCGUUGUUUGCCUGUUACCCGUCGUUUCCAUCCCCGCAUCCCCCAGCUACAAGACGACAACGAGCUGGAGGGAACCCACCCCGGGUCCCCCGGGCGAGCGGCGAAGCGCUCCGGCCAACCCCUUCAAUCGGAAGCGCGAAGGCGUGGGCCUGGCGGCCCGUAAGAACUCGGCCCCCGAGGCCCGCCUCCUGCGGCUCCUGGAGGCCGGGGGGUCCUCCCCCGGGGGAGGGGGAGGAAGCCGCCUCUCGCAGUGCUCCCGGUCGUCCUCCGGCCGGACCAACGUCUUUGCCUUUCCGCCCAGCGGGGCCGUCUCCCCGACGGUCCCGGUGACGCUGUCGGGCGGCAAGCGGGUGUACGUUCGAUGCGGAGGCAUUAGCGGGAACCCCACGGCCCGGGUUGCCUCGCCGUCGCCCCGAAAGCCUUCCGCCGUCCUUGGGGUGAGCAUGCGAGAGCUCCUGUGGAGGGUGGAGCGGGCGGAACGGAACCGCAUUGUUUUGUCCCGGACCCGCGCUUCCUGGUCGGCAAGCGGGGACAAGACCCACGGCGGCCGCCACGACAUGCUGUGGGUGGACAAGCACGCCCCCCGGUCUUUCCCGCACCUUCUGUCGAACGAGCGGACCAACCGGGAGGUUCUGAGGAGCCUGAGGGAAUGGGAUCCCUACGUCUUUGGAAAGGCGCCACCGCUGCGGCCGCUCUACCAUCGCCAGAGAGAAGAAGAACAACAGCAGCAGCAGAGAAACGAUGCUCUCGUCAAGGACAGUCAGGCCGCCAAGUCGUCCGACAAGCGUCCGGAGGAGAGCUCCAGGGUGAUAUUGCUGAGCGGUCCCCCGGGAGUCGGUGAGUAAAGCAUCUCACGCGCGAAGUCGGAGGGCACUUGUUUCUGGUUUGAUUUUACAGAACGGUGUCGCAACACAAUCCCUCAUGUUUUGUUUCUUUUUGUUUUGCUUCGUUUCGCAUCUUCUGUUCUUUCGCUGUGUCAUGAUUUGAACGGGUCUUGCUGUGCUGCACCAAAGGCAAAACCACGCUGGCCCAUAUCGUUGCGCGCCACGCGGGAUACCGUCCGGUGGAGGUUAACGCAUCGGACGAGCGAUCUUCGGGGGUUUUGAAGGACCGGAUUCAGCGAGCCAUGGAGUCCACGACCAUCAACUUCAAACCCGGAAACACUGGUGCCGACGGGAACAACGCUGCGGACUACGGAAAACCAAACUGCCUCAUCCUGGACGAAAUCGACGGUGCGGAUGCAAAGGGUGCCAUUCAGGGACUGGUAGACAUCGUUAAGGCCGAAAUACCAUCCAAAAGCAGCAAGCAAAAAAGCGGAACAACCUAUUUACGACGUCCCAUCAUCUGUAUCUGCAACCACAAGUACGCUCCGACCCUUAGGCCCUUGCUCCCGUACGCUACUCACUUCAGCGUCGAGCCUCCGUCGCCGGCAAGGCUGGUGGUCCGCCUUAAGGCUAUCCUCAACCAGGAAAAAAUGGCAAUGAUGGGGGGUGGACCACUCCUGCACCAGUUGGUCGUCUCGAGUGGUGGGGACAUUCGGUCUUGCCUGUUCACGCUCCAGUUUGCGGCCGCUGAGGCAAAGAAUUCCACGGAUCUGUCUCAGGCCCUGGCAAAGUCUCUGUCCGGAACGGGGCUAAAAGACGACCGCAACGACAUUACGUCGACGAUAUCGACCGUCUUUCGAAAAACGAAACCGAAACGAGCCCGGUUCUCCUCGAGUAAGCUGCUAGUGGGGUCUUCUUCGUCAUCGAGGGACAGCGAGAACAGAGCCAGUGUCUCGCGUGUGAUGGCCGCCGUGGAAGGCCUGGGAGACAACUCCGCGGCGAUCAACGCGCUCUUCCUGAACGUUCCGAGGGUUUCCUACAUCGAUCCUGCCUUUGACCGGUGCUCGGCAGCCCUCGAGCUGAUAUCCUUUGCGGUCGACGCGAAUCAGCAGCAGUCGGGGUACGCUCUCCCGGUCGUCACCGCGGGCAUCCACCUCCUCUGCCGGGUCGAGGUCAAGCCGGACCUGACCUUUUCCUCCCGCGAGCUCGCGGACAUGAAGUACAGCCGCGACUCAAACCUUGGGCUGGUACAGAGGUUUUCCGAGGGCCUCCCGCCGGGUGCUAAGAACCUCAAGUGCCGCGCCCUGCUCUCGGAGGAAUUCAUCCCGCUGACCAUGUGGAUCCUGUCGGCCGGGGAGGGGGCCUGCUCCCUGUCCCGGCCGGCGUCGUCGAUCGACAUUCUCACCAGCCCGGAGCAGGAGGCCGCGAAGAGGCACGUGUCGUCGCUGUGCGCGCUGGGCCUCACGUAUGUUGUCGACCGCGAAAAAGAAGAAACCAAAGAACGGGUGUCUUCGUUCCGGGCGAGCGUCCGCGAGAUGCGAAUGGAACCACCGAUCCACCGGCUGGUGGAGUACUCCUCCCAGAUUCCACCCGGCCGGGCGUCCCGGAACGAGAUCCCAGCACAACUGAAGGAAUUGCUCGCGCACCAGGUCCUCCUAGAGGGAUUCCGCAACCGGGAAUCACCGAGGGCGUCCGGAUCUCCCGUGAAGAAGAAAGCCGGAAUCGCUGCUGCCGAAAGCAGCAAAACUCCCGUAACGAAUGGUGCCGAGCCAACGACAACGACGGAGGAAACCUCUGUUGUCACCCCCGCAAAGGUCACUCCGAGGAAGCUAGACCAAUGGUCCCGACCUACGGGUUUGACUUUGACCGAGUCGAAAGAGGUGAAGGUAUGCCAAGCAUUUCUCGCCGUUUUGCGAAACACGGCAGUGGUGAAUUUUUCGGUGUCAAAAAUCCUGGUGGGAAAUCUUACUUUUUCGAUUUUUCUUUCAUUUUCGUGACUUUGUUGCCUUCUGCCCCAUUUCUUCCAGGCGUCGCCGUCCUCCACCCCAGGCAAUUUCUUGGGCAUUGCCGCGAGGAAGGGAAAGGCGGCCAAAUCGGCCCGCCGCGCGGCCCGCCUGGGAUUGAAUCGUGCGUCUUCGAAGAAACAAAAGCUAGCCCACUCGGGCAGUGGGUUCCUCCUGAGCCACGUCGUCCGGAUGAAAUACGUCAAGGGUUUUACCCAGGCGGUCCGGACACCAUGCCGACUGAGCGAUCUGGAAUAGAAGGAAUUCACUGACGAAAUCCAACACCGGAGGCACGCUAGAAAGACCAAGGUAUGAUAACGCAAAACGCACACUAGAUAUAUCAAUGUUG